UUGACUGCCCCUCCCUGCUUGUGGAUGCAGCCAAGCUUUGGAGGUACAGCAGGUAAAGAAAUCAGGUCAGUCCAGUUCUCAGGCUCUCUGUUAUGGAUAUGAAGCCAAGCCUGCUUGUUCUCUCCAGUCUAAUUCAAAACACAGUUUCUGUCUGACUCACUUUCUCUGUUGCACCUGUAAGCAGGGCUCCCUGGGAAUCAAGAUAGAUUGCAGCUGCCUUUCUACAGAUCAGAAGCACAAGGAUCUUGAUAGAGAGACUCUUGCUCCCAGUAAAGAUGGCUUUUCCCUUGACACUUAUCACUGCAAUGAUUUCAAUCUUUGGCCUCCUAGGGGCCACACAAUCCCAGAUUUCAUUGACCACCAAUACUGUAGAAACCGUAGAAACCUAUUCAACAAAACCAUUCCAGGACACAGUCCCACUAGCAUCAACAACAAUAGCUGAACCUCAACCAACCACGGAGAAAACAACCAGUUCAGAAAAUUUAUUUUCCACCACAAGCACAUUAAAUAGUUCAACAAGCACUGCAGGGGAAGCCACUGUGACACCAGGUGCUAGCACUGGUCCAGAAACAACAACAGCCCUUACUGCCAGCACAGAGAUCACAACCCAUGCCCCGGCCACGCUUAAUCCAAUAACUCCAGGGGGCAACUAUUCAACCACAGGCACCUUCUCAUCUACCACUUCUAGCAGUAGAAACGACUCCACAACCACAAGCGGAAACUUCUCCACUUCUCCCCCAAGCGGAAACUUCUCCACUUCUACCCCAAGCGGAAACUUCUCCACUUCUACCCCAAGCGGAAACUUCUCCACUUCUCCCCCAAGCGGAAACUUCUCCACUUCUCCCCCAAGCGGAAACUUCUCCACUUCUACCCCAAGCGGAAACUUCUCCACUUCUACCCCAAGCGGAAACUUCUCCACUUCUACCCCAAGCGGAAACUUCUCCACUUCUACCCCAAACUUCUCAACAGCAGGAACAACAACAGCACUGAGCAGUACGACUGCAAACACCACCCCCAUGACUACAAAAUCUCCAGGGACCAUCAAGAGCAGUACGACACGCAAUCAAAUGAGUACCACCACCACCCCGGGGUCAGGGAACGUAUCCUUUCCUUCCAGAGGAUCCACUCCUCAAAGUAAACAAAAUGACGUUGGUGUCACAGUGGGAGCCAUCGUUGGAACAGCUCUAGGAAUCUCACUAGUGGCUCUGAUCCUCUACCUCAUAUUUAAGAAGAAAAAAUCUGAGUCCUUCAAUCACCGCAGACUCUAUGAAGACGUGUCUGCAGAUCCAGUUCUCCGAUUGGACAGCUCAGCCGAUCAACUUGAUCUACGCUAUGAGGGAUCAGCAUACUACAAUCCUGAAGUCACUGGGGACUCUAUCCAAAUGGCCAACAUCCACUCACAAGGGCAGAAUGCUUAGUGGACUUGGACAAGAAUGGGCUAACAUAAAAAUGAAUUAACAUAACCCAAUUAUUUAUACUGCAAUUAGGUAGAAAAAACAUCACCUAGUAUCUGACAAGCUGGCUUGAAUUACAAAAAAAACAACCUCAAAACAUCUAAUUUCAAAUAAUUCACUGUCGACUGUCAAGUUAGAAACGUACAGGUUUCCUCUGGUAAGAGAAACUGCCUUUCUGUAAAUGCCCAAAGUUACCAGUGAACACAAACCUCUGCAAGUUUAUUCAACAUAGAAUUCAAAGCUAGCUUCCAAAGAGAUUGCUGUAACGUUCCCAGGCAAGAACACAAUUUUUACUGUAUUCUGCAAUGUUAGCCUUACAAACACCAUUUAUAUUAUAUAUAUA